AUGAUGGAGAUGACUGCUACACCCUCCUAUCACACCAAUACAACAGGUGUAUCUGGAGGAGAUGAGUAUGCGGAUCUGAGAAGAUCUCUCGACAUCAUGUCUGCUGUUAUCUGCUGUCUGACUUUCGUUCUGGGUGUGCUUGGAAACGGAGUGGUUAUCUGGGUGACGGGAUUCAAGAUGAAGAAAACAGUGAACACAGUUUGGUUCCUCAACCUUGCUGUGGCUGACUUCCUCUUCACAGCAUUCCUUCCUUUUAUGGGGACAUGGAUCGCUCUGGAUUACCACUGGCCCUUCGGCACGUUCAUGUGCAGACUGAACAACACAGUAUGGUUUGUUAACAUGUUUACCAGCGCCUACAUUCUGGUGGUGAUCAGCAUGGACAGAUACGUGUCUGUGGUUUGGCCUGUCUGGGCCCGGAACCACCGAAAUGUUUGCAAGGCAUCCUAUGUGAGCCUGGGUGUCUGGGUGCUGGGUCUGUUCCUUAGCACUCCAUACUUCAUCUUCAGUUACACUGAACCAUCAUAUGAAGAUAAAAAAAUCAUCCACUGCUACGUGCUUCCUUUUGAUGUCAUGGCCAUCACCCGCGUCCUCAUGGGUUUUGUUGUCCCCUUCAGUGUCAUUGUUUACUGUUACGCUGUGAUAAUCCAUCGUCUCAGGAGGAACCGUGCCGUGGACAGCCACUCAAGUCGCCCCUUUAAAAUCACUGCUGCCAUUAUUGUGACCUUUUUCCUCUGCUUGACUCCCUUUUACAUCAUGGAUAUAAUUGAGUUAGGAUAUUACAACGGUCACUUUUCAAAUCCAGUAUUAGACCAUGUCAUAACUAUCGGGGUCCCUUUAGCCAUCAGCCUGACAUAUGUUAACAGUUGCCUGAAUCCACUGCUGUAUGUGUUCAUGGGCCAAGAUUUCAAGUAUAGAGUUCGCAAAUCUAUCCUGAAUGUAUUUGAGAGUGCUUUCCAGGAGGAGGCUUCCCUCUCACACCCUGACACAGAGUCAGUGGACACCAGUCAGACCCGUGACAAGUCAUUUCAUAAUACUGAAGUAUAA